UGAAAAAGGCAUCAGAGAAGGCCAGUAGUUAUUCUGAAGAUUUCAGGGGGGUUUAUAGCAAUGAGGCUGGUGGUUUUUAGUUGUGUUGGAUUGUUGUUGCUUACUGCAGUUGACUUGGGUUUGGCACAAUGGUCAAGAGUUCAGCAAGGCUGGGAUCCACUAAGAUUCCAAAAGCAACAGUCGCUAGUUUUAGCUCCUCCGCAAUCUGUUAAAGUUCCACAGGCACCAACAACUUUUCGGCCUCCAAAACCUGCAAUGAGUCCUGCUGGGGUGAAUGUACAGAAGCUACAAGAACCUGGAAGUAGUCAGUCCAAACAAAUAAUGCAGGCUCCUAUUGCACCUUUGACCUGGCAUUUUCCAGUAUUGCCGGAAGAACCCCCAAAGCCAGCUGUGCCUUUUGAGCCACAUGUACCUAUCGCUUCCCAGAGUGUUGCAGCAGAAUGUGGGGAGAACUCCGUGCAUGUGGAGGUUAAGAAGGACUUGUUUGGUACUGGUCAGCUGGUGAAUUCUUCAUUUCUCACUUUAGGAGGCUGCGCAGCUGUAGGAGAGGAUUCAGAUGCUCAAGUUCUUGAAUACGAGUAUGAGCUACAGACAUGUGGCAGCUCUCAGUUGAUGACUGAUAAUGAGCUUGUGUACACCUUCAGCCUCCUCUAUACUCCUGCGACUUUAGUAGGAACACCCAUUGUAAGGGCUAAUGUAGCAGCUGUUGGAAUUGAGUGUCACUAUUCAAGGUUGGGUAAUGUAAGCAGCAAUAUCUUGUUGCCCGCUUGGGUUCCUUUUGCUGCAACUAAAGUUGCAGAGGAUGUUCUAGUGUUCUCAUUGAGGCUCAUGACCGAUGACUGGAUGUUUGAGAGUCCAUCCAAUCAGUACUACUUUGGGCAAUUCCUGAAGUUUGAAGCUUCUGUGAAGCAGUACAGCCAUGUUCCGCUGCGCAUCUUUGUGGAUGGUUGUGUGGCUUCUGCGGCCCCUGAUGUGAACACCACCACCUCUCCAAGAUACUCCUUUAUUGAGAACCACGGGUGCCUGAUAGAUGCAAAGCUUACAGGCUCCAAUUCCAGUUUCAUGAAUCGUGUUCAGAAUGACAAGCUGCACUUUCAGUUAGAGGCUUUCAGAUUCCAGCAAGAUGAUAGUGGCUUGAUGUAUAUCACCUGUGACCUAAAGGCUGUCAUGGCAUCAACCCCCACAUCUCCAGAGAACAAGGCUUGCUCCUUCACAAAUGGAUGGACCUCUGUAGAUGACAAUGACCAGGUGUGCUUGUGCUGUGACUCCACUUGUAGUCUAAGGGAUGAAGGACAAGAACCGUCUGAUUUGGGCCUGGUAUCAGAAGGGAAAGCAACCAUUGGCCCACUUGUGAUUACUCCCUGACUUAUUGAGCAGUGCCAAUAAAAUUUUGUAUAAGCAA